AUGAAGCCUAUGCAAAAGAAGCAGCAGACCCUAUCGGCUUUCUUCAGGAAGCCUGCCCCCACCACUGUGGCUCGAGUCGAGGAGGAGGACGAUGAUGACGACGUACAACCACCUACUGCAAAGAGGAGGCGAAUAACUCCCAUUGAAAACGACCUUCUCAAAGGUGUUAAUGAUGAAGUUCAACAAACUGAGCAAGACCAAAACGAGCGGACUCUGAGACCUGUCUCUGCGAGUGAACAAAACAUUGCCACAGCCUCACAAGACCUCCUUUCGACAGAUCGCACCUCCAAAUAUCUCUUUUCCUCCCCUCCUUUACAGGAAAACCAGACUGGUGCAGACCAGCGGCGAAAGGAGGAACUGCACCGUAGAUUUGUGAAGAAGCUUGGGAAGCCGGAUAGCAUAGCUGAGAUCAAGAGACGCAAUCGAGCACUAGAAGAAGAUGGGGAGGAAAACGAUGAAGCCGACGAAGAGUCCACUGAAGACACACCAAAGCCUACGGCUCGGUCAAAGGGUGUCAAAAAGGGUGGUAGCAAACUCACGCCAAUGGAGAAGCAGGUCAUAGAGAUUAAACAGGCAAACAUGGACACCCUGCUUGUUGUGGAGGUUGGCUACAAGUUUCGCUUCUUUGGUGAAGAUGCCAGAAUUGCCGCUAAAGAGCUGGGUAUCGUUUGCAUACCUGGGAAGUACCGCUAUGACGAGCACCACUCUGAAGCGCAUUUGGACCGCUUUGCCUCUGCCAGCAUCCCUGUCCAUCGACUUCAUGUUCAUGUCAAGAGAUUGGUCUCGGCAGGUCACAAAGUUGGAGUUGUUCGUCAACUUGAGACUGCGGCUUUGAAAGCUGUUGGCGACAACAGGAACGCGCCGUUCGUGCGAAAGCUCACCAACCUGUACACGAAAGGUACUUACAUCGACGAUAUCGAGGGCAUUGAGGAAGACAACCGAGCAAAUCCUGCUCUCCAAUCACCAUCAACGGGCUUUCUCUUGUGCAUGACUGAAGUCAACGUUAAAGGAUAUGGCAAUGAUGAGAAAGUCCAUGUUGGCCUUGUUGCCGUUCAACCUGCCACCGGUGAUAUUGUGUAUGAUGACUUUGAGGACGGAUUUAUGCGAAGUGAAAUCGAGACAAGACUCCUCCACAUCGCACCAUGCGAAUUUCUGGUUGUCGGCGAAGUGUCGAAAGCGACAGAGAAACUAAUCACCCAUUUGUCGGGAAACAAGACGAACGUCUUCGGUGACAAGAUCCGUGUUGAGCGUGUCGCUAAGCAAAAGACAACGGCAGCACAAGCACACGGCCAUGUGUCGACUUUUUAUGCUGAGCGACUGAGGGAUACCCGGUCCGAGCAGAAUACAGCCAUAAGAAUCUUCGACAAGAUCCUAGGGCUACCGGAACAUGUGCUGGUCUGCUUGUCAGCUAUGAUCAAGCAUCUGUCUGACUACGGUCUUGAGAAUGUGUUUCAGCUCGAAAAGUAUUUCCAGCCUUUCUCAGCUCGAUCUCAUAUGCUGCUGAAUGGAAACACAUUGACAAGCCUUGAGAUCUAUCAAAAUCAAACCGACCAGUCUACCAAGGGCAGUUUGUACUGGAUGAUGGACCGGACCCAGACAAAAUUCGGUGGCAGAUUACUUCGAAAAUGGGUUGGUCGCCCACUGUUAGACCAGCGUCUUAUCGAAGAACGACUUGAUGCCAUCGAGGAGCUUCUUGAUCCUGCCAGAGCUGUCAACGUCGAGAAAUUACGCCAUGUCCUCUCGAAAAUGAAGGCCGAUCUGGAAAAGAGCCUUAUUCGCAUUUACUAUGGUAAAUGUACUCGCCCUGAACUUUUGAAUGUUCUCCAAUCCCUACAAUUCCUAGCUACGGAAUUUGGCCACGUCACCGAGGCAGCAUCUACAGGUUUCACUUCCCACCUGCUCUCGUCUGCCCUCACUUCUCUCCCUUCGAUACUGACAGAGGUGGUCGGCUAUCUGGACAAAAUAAAUCUCUCUGCGGCGAAAUCUGACGACAAGUACGAUUUCUUUGCCGAUUCGGCUGAAACCGCGGAGAUCACAGAACACAAACUUGGCAUCGCCAGCAUCCAGCACGACCUAGAAACAUUUCGCACUACUGCUGCUGACCGGUUAGGCAAAAAGCGACCAGUCGACUACAAUACCGUCGCGGGAAUAGAUUAUCUCAUCGAAGUUGAGAACUCGUCUGCGACCAUCAAAAAAGUUCCGGCCUCAUGGGUGAAGAUUUCCGGCACGAAGAAAGUAUCGCGGUUCCAUGCUCCUGAAGUCGUAAAGCUACUGCGCGAGCGCGACCAGCACAAAGAAUCGCUUGCAGCGGAAUGUGACAAAGCGUACAUGACGCUCCUUGCUGAUAUCAGUACGAACUAUCAGCUCUUUAGGGACACCAUCCAGAGCCUUGCAACCUUGGAUUGUCUGUUGUCUCUGGCCAGCAUUGGCAGCCAGUCAGGCUACGUGAGACCAAAUUUUACAAAAGACAUCAAGAUUGACGUUGUCGGGGCACGACAUCCGAUGGUCGAGCAGCUCCUUCUGGACAGCUAUGUGCCCAACGACAUCUCUUUGUCUAGCGAUGCGACUCGCGCUUUGCUCGUCACGGGUCCGAACAUGGGCGGCAAGAGCUCGUACGUGAGAUCGGUGGCUCUGGUAUGCAUAAUGGCGCAAAUCGGAUCGUUUGUGCCAUGCGAGUCUGCGACCUUGGGCAUCCUCGACGCUGUGUUCACGCGGAUGGGCGCCUUUGACAACAUGCUCAGCGGCGAGAGUACGUUCAUGGUCGAGUUGUGUGAGACGAGCGAUAUCCUGAAGCUAGCUACGGAGCGGAGUCUUGUCGUCCUCGAUGAACUAGGCCGCGGCACGAGCACGCACGACGGGGUGGCGAUCGCGAGUGCCGUGCUCGAUUAUUUGGUCCGGGAGAGGAAGUGCCUUACGCUGUUCAUCACACAUUACCAGGUCCUGGCGCGCAUGGAGGCCGGGUUUGAGAACGGGGAGUUGCGAAACGUCCACAUGCGCUUCACCGAGGACGAGGAGAGGGACAGUGUGACGUUCCUGUACGAGGUUGGCGAGGGCGUCGCGCACAGGAGUUAUGGUUUGAACGUGGCGCGGUUGGCGAAUCUGGGUCAAGGCGUCAUCGAGACGGCCAGGUGUAAGAGUAAGGAGCUGGAGGACAAGACGAAGGCGAAGCAGGUUGGGAGUAUGGCGAAGUGGUUACUGGAAGAUGCUCAGGGUCAGCAGAAGGACAGAAUGGCAGCAGAGGAUAGGUUGGAAUGGCUUGUCGAGGGCAUUGAGAUGCUCUGA